GUGGCUAGUGUCCUCCCUUGCCAAGAUGGCGGCAUUCUUCGGUUUACUGAGCAAGGGCUCUUCCCGCGCCCUAUAUCGAUUAAAAGUACUCAAUGAAUCCCACGAGGUUCUUAAGGUUCAGCUUGUACGGCGCUCAACUGCUUGCGGAGGUGGGCGAUGGAGACGACAACUUGUGUCUCGCAAAAACGAAGCCCUGUCACUUGGAAGGCCCCUCGAACGAUGUACUCUGAUGCGGCAGGUUACAACCACCAGUGCACUUAGAGAUGAAGUGAGAGUUAUCAAGUGCCCUCAGCUUGCAGAAUCUCUGAGUGAAGGCGACAUCAAAUGGAACAAAGCCGUCGGGGACACUGUCCAGGAGGAUGAAGUCAUCUGCGAAGUGGAGACAGACAAAACAUCAGUACCAAUCCAUGCCCCAGCCGCAGGUGUCAUCUUAGAGCUAUUGGCUGAAGAUGGCUCCACUGUGCAACCUGGAAAGGACAUUCUCAAGCUAAAAGUUGGAGCAGGAUCUGGUGGAGGAGCACCAGCAGCUGCCCCAACCACAUCAUCUCCUCCACCCUCAGCUGCGGCCCCUGCUGCAGCACCGGCAGCAAGUGGGGCAGGAGAGCUGCGUACCAUCAAGUGCCCACAGCUUGCAGAGUCACUAAGUGAAGGUGACAUCAAGUGGAACAAGGCCGUUGGCGACAGCGUGCAAGAGGAUGAGGUAAUCUGUGAAGUGGAAACGGAUAAGACUUCCGUUCCUAUUCAUGCUCCAGCAAGUGGAGUGAUAGUGGAACUCCUCGUUGAAGAAGGCACAACAGUACAGCCUGGCAAAGAUAUUCUCAGGUUGCAAGUUGGUGCAGGUGGUGGAGGUGCUGCCCCACGACCAGCAGCCCCAGCCGCGCAAGCAACUCCAGCUCCACCUCCUCCACCACCCUCUCCUAGUAGCAUUCCAACCCCCUCAACCCCUCCGCCACCUCCUCCCAGACCCUCUGGACCAAUGACAUCCACCCCAGUAUCUCAAGUUCAGGUCACCCCCGCGGGUGCUCCCGGAGCAGGAGCAGAAGGCUUUGUUGUUGGUGCAAGGACAGAACAAAGGGUGAAGAUGAACCGAAUGCGACAGAGGAUAGCUCAGCGUCUAAAGGAUGCACAGAAUGUGUAUGCCAUGCUGACCACUUUCAACGAAAUUGACAUGACGAAUGUGAUUCAGAUGCGUAACAAAUACAAGGAUGUAUUUGCAAAGAAGCAUGGGGUUAAGCUUGGCUUUAUGUCACCAUUUGUGAGAGCGGCUGCAUUUGCCUUGCAAGACCAGCCUGUGGUCAAUGCAGUGAUUGAUGAACAAGAGAUUGUCUACAGAGAUUACGUCGACAUCAGUGUUGCAGUGUCUACACCCAAGGGUCUUGUAGUGCCCGUGGUGCGUAACUGCGAGCGCAUGAAUUACGCCGACAUUGAAAAGGCCAUCAACGAACUUGGAGAGAAAGCCCGCAAAGGAACCCUCGCCAUUGAGGACAUGGAUGGAGGAACGUUUACCAUCAGCAACGGCGGAGUGUUUGGCUCCAUGUUUGGCACGCCCAUCAUCAACCCUCCUCAGUCCGCCAUCUUGGGAAUGCAUGCCAUCUUCGAGAGGCCUGUCAACGUUAACGGAAAGGUGGAGAUCCGGCCAAUGAUGUACAUCUGCUUGACAUACGACCACCGCCUCAUUGACGGUCGGGAAGCAGUAACGUUCCUCAAGAAGAUAAAAUCUGCUGUGGAGGAUCCCACAGUCAUGCUGCUCGACGUUUGAUUUUCCCGUUUCCCCUCACUCACCUAGGAAAACUGUUGGACAACAAUUGCAAGUCAAGAAGAGCUGGAUGCUUGAUGCAGAAAUCGUGUCAACAAAGGCGCAAAACUAGCUUUAUAACUCAUUUUUGCAGAACACGUUAAGCAAGCACAGUGUUGAGCACCUGUGUAGAUGUUGUACAGAAACUUUGAUAUAUUUAAAGAAUGACCCGCUGCAUCUGUGAGGCCGGUGCAAGACAUCCGAAAGACUUCCAUCUUUUGCCUUGGUAUUGUUGCACCGAUUGAAUUUAGAAGAAAGAACCACUUUAUGGCUGACAGAAAGAGCACUGAGAUUUUGUUAUUUGGUACAGGCUUAUAGCUGCAGUAGUUAUGAAGCAAGGGAAUGAGAAAGUUGGAACUAGAAUGUGUAGAAGGCCCGAUGCUUUUUUUUUUUCAUUAAACACCAUUUGUUUUCGGACGUCA